AUGGAUGACAAGGAAGUGAUGGACUUAGACUUGGAAUUAGAACAAGAAUUGACUAAUGAUGAUGUUCAAGUUCCCGAAGAACCCAUAAUCGAAUCUAAUGUACAACUAGUCGGCGAUGAACCCAUAGAUCGAUUUGAAGCUUUACCUCGACCCACUGCCAUUUAUCUGCACGGUGUGAACGAGAUGAGUACGGAGGAUGUCAAGACAUAUGCCGGUCGUCCUGAAACAUUACAAAAGGUUGAAUGGAUUGAUGACAGUUCUUGCAAUCUUGUAUUCGAUACAGCAGAGGAUGCUAAAAAGGUGGCUGAAAGUAUAUUGAUUGAAGUAACAGACAUGGACCAUAAAACCUUGCAAAAGGCUAAACCGUUUGUGUCUGAUGACAUCAUCUGCGAUCAAUUAUCGAUUCGUAUCGCAACAGAUGAAGAUAUAAAACGACAAGGAGCCAGAGAAAGAAGCCGAUAUUACAAGAUCUAUGGCAUUCAGAAUGAAAAGUUGCCCAAAGACAAGGCAGAGGCUCGAAGAGAAUUAAUAGACAGGAUGAGCAAAAACGGAGGAGAUGGACGAAGUGUGUUUGAACGAUUAGGAAACCGAGUGACUGAAGAAAGACCACGAGGCAGAGGACGAAGAGAAAGAAGGAGCAGUCGAUCAGCCUCUCCUAUUAAACGUGAUAUCCCUGACCACCUAAAGCAAAGAUUAGGAUCCAGAAGGGAUGGUGAUGAUGAAUAA